AUGGUCAAUGCAAAAAUAACCAUAUGGUGCCCGAGAAUGGCUGUUACUCGUACAUCGCCGAUUAUUGAAGACAAAGCGUAUCUGAGGGUUGAGUCAGGAUCAAACGAGAGGAUGUAUCUUGUUAAAUCGCAAAGAGGUUUUCCGGCCGAAAAACCGAAAGCAUCCCAAAGGCAUUUUUGGAUGGAAUGAACAACGCCAUGCCAGCUCAUUCGCGUUUCGUUUUUCCCGCUCCCGCCCCC